AUACUACGUACUAUAUACUACUAGCGCUACCAUGCAUUCAUUCUUCGGUACGGUGAUGGAUCGUGGAUUGUCGGCGCCCAACUCUUCAGAAGUUUGAAGUCAAAGCAAGAGUAAAGACCAUUUAAUUUGAACCAAGAUUUUGACACGAAGUCAAGCAUACAUAAGCCUAAGGCUAAGGGUCAGGUAUGAUGGAUAGCUCCUGUCAACUUGAUGAUGACUUCCUUGCCAGGCUUGCAAAUAACAUUGGAGAAGAAGAAGCUGAGACACUUGGACGUCAACUCGGUUUCAAACAUUCUGAACUCGAUCGUUAUAUGGCCACCAACGUGAAGAGUAAUCAGGUAACUUGUGCAGGAACAAGGCGGAUGCUGUUUGAUUGGCGCCAAAAGGUAUCACAGUCAGACCAAGCUGAUUUAUUGAGGAAGGGCCUCUUGGCUGCCCAACUUGUUGCAUUAGCUGAAGAGUUCCUUGGAGAGAAUACUCAUCUAAAAGAAAUGCCAUCAGACGAUGUUCAGAGACAUUCCAAUGAAGCGCUUGCAGCUGGGGAUGACAAGAUUGAUGGACCUUUAUCUUUACUGCCUCAACCUGAAGUAAAGCUGGAUAGUAUCAAGAUGGAGGACCUGAAACUGAAACAUCCUGAUGGGACAGAAUGUGAUUUCCAUGACAAGAAAGCAAGGGAACAUGACAAUUUUCAUCUAGGUGGAGGCUCUUUUGGGAAUGUUUUCAAGGCUGUACACAAUGUUCAUGGUGAAGUGGCUGUCAAACUUGCUAAACCUGGUAAAGAAGAUCAUGUGAAGAUGUACCAGAAAGAGGCAGGAAAACAUGCCGCUGCCCUUACUUGCAGUAUGGUCGUCACAAUCAAAGGCAUCGUGCAGUGCGAGGAUGAUGCCUGUCAAUGUGGCGUCAUGGGGUUUGUUUUAGAGUACAUGGAAGUUGGAUCUCUUUGGACCUUCAGAAUUAACAAAUGGAAAGAUCAUCCUGAACUUUGGCCUCUAACCAAUAGAAUGGUCUUUGAGAUCUCCUCUGGAAUGCAUUUCCUUCACUCCAAGAACAUCAUUCACCGUGACCUCAAGCUGGAAAAUGUUCUUGUUGAUAAAAAUCUCAAUGUAAAGAUUGCUGAUCUUGGUCUUGCAACAGACCUUCAAAGUUCAACAGGUGAUAAAUGCUGGGGUACUGACAGUCACAAGCCUCCUGAAGCAUUCAGGACAGACAUACCCAACUCAGUCAACAUUGUUACUCCCGAGUAUGAUGUAUACAGCUUUGGAAUGACUUUGUAUGAACUUCUUACAGGGAAACACCCUUACCCUGAUAGAGGAUUUGAUAUGAUGAAGAUACUGAAAGUGGAUUCCAAACAACCUCCCUGUCUGGAUCCUGUUCCUGAAAACACUCCUCAAGAUCUGAUAAAAAUAAUGAAAUGGUCUUGGAGCUAUGAACCAAAGGAUCGACCAAAUUUUAAAGAAAUUACAGAUGAGGCUUUAAGUCUGGGUAUUAAACCAACCCAUCAAUCACUAGGACAUUAUUUAGGAGAGCCACAGAACAUAACGGAACAGGAUAAAGCCCCAACCAAACCUCUGAGUAAAACCAGUACAAAAGCUCAACCUGUGACAGACAGUGAAUCUUUAAGGCAAGGUAUCGGAGGAUUAUCCUUGAAAGAUCAUCCCACCUCUAUACCUACAUGUAUCACUGAAAAGGUAAUGCAACAUCGCGCUGAUAUUCAAGAAAGUGUGCCCACUAAUAAUGGUCCAGAAGCAUCUAGCGCUAUGGAUCAGACAGCCCUCCAGGAUACUUCUAAGCCUGCGAGCUUUGGACAAUUGAAAAGUCAGGACUCGGGCCAGCAGAAUGAGGGUAACUUACGUUUAUCAGUGGAAUCCGGACAAUCAGUGAAUUUCACAGGAUUAGUUGAUGCUCCUCCUGAUACAGGAAGUGGCCUAAGUGCAAAUCAACCGUUACAGUCCAACAUGGAACAUGAAAGAGAGCCAAGUCCAUUGAACAGGGCCAAGCAUAGGCAUGGAAAUGGGAAACCAGUUCCUGCUGAGAGCUCACAUGGUGCCUCUGAAUAUGCAGUAGGACCCAUUAGAGGAGGACCUAUACACCAAGAAAGUCCUGCAGUGCCCCCAUUCCAAUCCGCAUCUAUAGAGAGAGACCCGGUGAUUAUCUUUCAUUCGUCACUACCAAGUGAUGAGAGAUUUGAAAUUCAGCUGAAGGUGAAUCUGACUGUGCCAUUCCGGACUUCACUUGCAGCAAAAAUGGAUCAAGUCAUGAGGAGUCUUGAAAGGAGUAAGCAACGACACUAUUGGGACAGCAAUUCAUCCCUACCUUCUUUGUUUUCCUUGAUGGGUGAUAUCAUUCUCCAUAGACUCGAUCUUCCUGCUACAACCGAUGAAGAUGAUUUUACACUUUACCUGCAUGUGUGCAGCAAUGAUGAUCUUGAUAUGCUUCAUAGAAAAUCAAAAAAAUUAAAUGAAAGCUUGUAUAGUUUCUUUGUGGAUGCUAAUCUCCAAGAAGCAUGCCAUCCUGUCAAGCCAACUCUGAAAGUAGAACCAUUGGAGGAGCAGUUCAACAGAGCAAAGGAUUUCUUUCAAAGGAGAGAAAAGGAUAUGAAGAGGAAGAAUUCAGAGCAAAGUGACAGUGAAUCAAGUACAACACAGUCAAAUAAAACCAAUCCAGAAGAUACCUUCGCUCGGAACAAACCAGGACCUCCUUUCACUCAGUCAAGUUACAGUGGAGCUGGACAGAUUGAUACAGGAAAAUAUAGGAUUAAUAUGUCUUCCCCUCCCAACAAUAUGGUGAUUGGAGAUCAGCACAUAACCAAUAAUUACUUUGGUGGAUCUGAACAGGCAGAUAGAGGACAGGGAGGAGCAGCAGGCUACUCUUCAGGUCGCCAACCCAAAACUAAAAAGGAAGAGAAGCUAUGUGAAUCCAAGGAAAAGGUUACUGAGCUUUUACUUCAAGAAACUGCUGAACUUGUCCCAGGCCAGCAUGUGAAAUCUAUUGGGCGUUAUCUAGGAUUGACAGAUGUGGAUGUUGAUAAUAUAAAGUAUGAACACAGAUUUGAGAGGAGCAGUGAGAUUGUCUACCAAGUUUUACUGGAGUGGAAACGGCAGAAUGGUUACCAAGCUACCAAGGCAUCUCUGGCCAGUGCAUUAUGGAAAGCCAAAUGUUAUGAUGCUGCAAGGAGUAUUCGCUGAUGGGAAGUUGUUUCAGAUGUGCCUCAUUGUUGAAGGUUUUUACAUUUUCACUUCACAGUUGCCAAUUUUCAGUAGAAGAUUUUGAUUUAGAUCAACAUGAUUUUCAUUUUCUCGAGUAGCAUUAUGAAAGAUGUGUGGAAAGCGAUGAACCACGACUCUUUAUGAAACUAUUUGCAAUAUAAAUGAAGCAUGAGUGUUAUGAAUGAAACGAUAAUACGCACUCUCAAAGAGUGCUUGUCUAUGUUUGCUGGCCAAUGCAAGGAGCCAGUGUGUGAUGCAUUGUGUUAUUUUUUAGUACUCCAAGGCCAAUGGCACAGAGGUAUUAUGCAUGCAAAUCAAAAUUGUAGCAUCCGAUUCUGUGAUUCUAGAGUGAGUGAGUUUCAAAUGAAUUCCAUAAUUUAGCAGCUCUGCUAUUGCAAGCAUUAGCCUACAUUUAAAUAUUGCAUGAAGAAAUAGCUUUAUUAGAUUAAUUGUUAUAUUAAUGUCAUGAUCAUUGUGAGAUAUUGUACAUGAUCAUUAAAGGAGAAUGAAACUCUUGGAGCAAGUUAGCUUUUGCGAAAGCCGAAAAAUCAAAGAAUAAGAUC